AUGUCUGUCGAACCAAUUGCAAAUGACAGGGCAAUCGAAAUCCCAGGAUAUAUUGUUACAAAAAUAUUAGAAAUAGGUAGGUUCUACUCUAGGGUAGUUGUCACUGACUUCAAAGGCGAAAAAUUCCAUGCAUUUUAUUUCGACGUCGAUGCAGUCAUAAAAAUCGACAAAUUAGACAAUUUAAUUGCAGAUAUUAACAUAUUAAUCCAAUUACGACAUCCAAAUAUAGUUCGCUUCGUUGAAUUCUAUCAUGAUUCAAAAAAGAUGUUUUUAAUUACAGAAUAUUUUAACAACUAUUCAUUAGAAGAUCUUAUAUCAAGUACUACAUGUGGCGAAUAUCACUAUAAAACAAUCGUUUCAGGAAUUAUAAAGGGCAUCCAAGCUUUGCACCACGCAGGCAUCUGCCAUGGAAACAUUUGUCCUUCAAAUAUAAUGAUAUACGAUAGGUUUCAUCCAAAAAUUUCUAAUUUCCAGUUCUUAUCACAGUUUUCAUUCAAGGUUGAUAAGCACAUUAAUCCUAUUCAAGUAAAUUAUUAUUCUCCAGAAUGCUUACAAUACAAAUGCACAGAUCCUUUUGCAGCUGAUAUAUGGUCUUUCGGCGUAACAUGUUAUGUAUUAUUGACAAGACAAAUGCCUUUUUCACAGUCCAACGAAAUUAAAUUAUUCAACAGCAUCAUAGAAUGCAAUUAUAAUCCUACAGUGAUAAAUGAUGAAGCGUAUAGAAAAAUGGUAACAAGUUGCAUCGUAUUAGAGCCAGAAAAUAGAGCUAGCAUCGAUGAGCUCGAAAAUUGGUUCGACAACACAAUUAGGGUUUCCAGACUCGAUGUAAGAUACCCCAUUCACCUUUCUUAUUCUCAAGCAAUUCCGAAGAUCAUUAAUACUGAGCUUUUUGACAAUAUUAUGAAAUCUAGAAGAGUUAUUUUCAGGAGAAAUACUCAUUGUGAAUAG